CACCGCGAGAUAGGACACUCAUGCCUCUCUUUGUCAGUGAAUGAAGUGGCGUCAGCGAGGCGGUCGCGUCCUCACGCCAGGCUGUCGUUUUGAAGGAUUCCUGAACGAGCGGUGACUCCCCUGACGAUGUCGGGGAUAGGUGGGAGGAUGCGAGGACGAGGCGCUUGCUGUGUCUUCGUGGUCCUCGUCGCUUGUCUAAACCUCGUCCAGACCGAAAUUACAACAGAACCCACUCUCUUAACCACAGAAACGACGAUCACAACCUCGGACUUCUCAACUACAGAAUUCUCGGACUCGCCAAGCACAAGAGAUUUCGCAACGACCACAAACUCUCCAGAAACGACUCCGGAAGAAACGACCAAUGAUGUACCAACUACCGUCUACCACAAGCUCCUAAAUACACGGAGUGUGUCGUUAGGUAUAGUAGUCCAAGAGGUGAAUUGGAAUGUCACGGUGUCAUGGGCUAAUAGUUCACAAGAUUCUAGUUACAGCUACAACGUGACCGUAAAGUGCGUGGAGGAAAUGGAAAAGGCAGAAUGUGGAUGUCUACAGUGCGAAGACUUUCACGAAACAACGAAAAAAAACUAUAUGAGUUUCAAGCUGAGACCCGCCACGAACUACAGCAUUGAAGUUAUCAAUCUGAAUUCUACACACAAUGAGAGUGUUUUUCAUGCAACACGCCCAGAAGAAGUGCUUCGUUUCCCAAAUGUGACUACAUCAGUGAAACGAAAAAGCGUGGAUUUUCAGUGGAAAAUCAACUGUCCCUACACAGUGCCUGGUACAUAUUCCAUAUUAUUUAAUGGGACCCCGACCACGCCGGAAACAGCAAAUUGUUCUCACAAGGUUCACAUCACUGGGCUGAAACCCUAUACGAAUUAUACAUACUGGCAACAGUAUCUUGGUGAGAAUUGCACUAGUAAAGACUGCCCCGGAGAAUCCAGUGUCACUCCCGCCGUUGGUGAUGGAAACACUGUAAACGUACCCUCAAAUUCCUGCCUGUGUAUACCGGACUAUUUCGAGACUUUACCUGGUGGUAAGAUAAAAGCCUUGCAUGACAACUAAACUCGAUCUUUGCUC